AUGAAAGUUAUGGGGGAAACCCAUGAAGGAAUCUGUGGAGCACAUCAAGGUGGAAGGAAAAUGUGCUGGUUAAUUAGAAGAUAUGGCUACUUCUGGCCAACCAUGAUGAAAGAUUGCAUUAACUAUUCCAAGGGGUGCGAAUCUUGUCAAAGGCACGGUCCAGUCCAGCAGGCUCCAUCAGUUCCCAUGAAUCCAGUGGUAAAACCAUGGCCCUUUAGAGGAUGGGCAAUGGAUCUCAUUGGUAAGAUCUAUCCAGCCAGCAGCCAGCAGCACUGCUUUAUCAUUGUUGCCACAGACUACUUCACCAAGUGGGUGGAGGCCAAGGCUGUUAAAUCCACUACAUCUCAAGAGAUCAUCAUUUUCAUAGAAGAACAGAUCAUCCAAAGAUUUGGCAUCCCAGAAUCAAUCACAACUGAUAGAGGGUCAUCUUUCAUAUCUAGAGAAAUGCUGGACAUGGCAGAGGCAUUCAAAUUCAGACUGCUCCAAUCCACUCCUUAUUAUGCCCAAGCCAAUGGACAGGCGGAAUCAAGCAACAAAGUAAUCAUCAACAUUAUCAGGAAAAUGCUUGAAAAGAAUCCAAAACAGUGGCAUGAGAAGCUGUCAGAAACUCUGUGGGCAUAUAGAACUUCAAAGAGAGAAGCGACUGGCAUGACUCCCUACGCGUUAACCUACGGUCAUGAUGCAAUUCUGCCUAUGGAGAUAGCUGUUCAGUCCCUCAGAAUUGCUCACCAACAUGACUUAGUAGGAGAAGAUUACUCCCAGGCCAUGCUGCUGGAACUGGAAGGAUUGGAUGCAGCCAGAAUUGACACUCUCAACAAACUCCUGGCAGGAAAACAGGCUGUAUCAAGGGCCUACAACAAAAGAGUCAGGAACAAGAGUUUUGAAGAAGGGGAGAUAGUCUGGAAAGCAGUUCUGCCCCUUGGAACACAUGUGGCUGGUUAUGGAAAAUGGUCACCUACAUGGGAAGGUCCUUUCAUAAUCAGCCAAAUCCUUGGAAUGGGGGCAUACAGGUUGCAGGAUAGGGAUGGAGAAGUUCAUACGGCCCCGAUCAAUGGCAAAUGGUUAAAAAAGUUUUAUCCAACCAUGUGGGAUUCACAGGCUGUACAAACAGACCCGGGGAUAGACACAGGAGUUAACUAA